GUUCAAGGGAUAAAGGGGCUAUCAUUGGUGAAGUUUUCGGAGGUGCAGCAUUUGCUUUUAUCCUUCUUGCAUUAUUUGCUUGGAUUAGACUACCAAAAACUACUAAGGCUUCCAUAGGAGACAUAAUUGAAGCAACCAAUUUGAAUGGUCUGGUUACUUACAACUAUAACGAGUUGGAGUAUGCAACUAAUAAUUUUAGGGAACAAAAUAAACUAGGAGAGGGUGGAUUUGGUGCUGUAUAUAAGGGAAAUUUGAAAAAUGGAAAAGUAGUUGCAAUCAAGAAAUUAAAUUUAUGCAGCUCAAAAAGGAUACAAGAAGAUUUUGAAAGUGAAGUGAAGCUUAUCAGUAAUGUUCAUCAUCGCAACCUUAUCCGACUUUUGGGAUGGUGUAUUAAAGACUAUGAUAGAAUCCUUGUUUAUGAGUACAUGGAGAACAACAGUCUUGACAAAUUCAUAUUCGGUAAUAUCCUAUCAAUUACAAUAUUUUAUACUAUUCAUUAAGUGUUUCCUAAUAUUCAU